UACCUCUGCUGUCAGGAGAACCAUGUCUGUCCAGGACCACCACCUCCAGACGUUUGCCAGAUCGGAUGUCUGCAACGUGGAGGCGGCGAUGAGCCGCGCUGAGCUCUUCAGAGCAGAAUGCAACAGGCUGAUCCUGGAGACGGAGAAGGCGUGCAAACGUCUGCAGGAGGAGGACAGCAAGCAUCUCGAGCAGCGCCUCAAAGACAUCCAGUUCCAGAAGAAGGAGCUGGAGCUGAGGCUGGAGGAGAUCCUCUCAGAGACCCAGGACCUAAAAGCCUUACAGGGCCGAGUGAGGAAGGCCCAGGAGACGAACAAGGAGGCGCGGAGAGUCAACGUUCUCUGUCUGGACGAAAGGAGGAAGGUGGCUCCUUGUGGGAAGAUGGACGACGAGGUGAACAGCGAGCUGCUGAAAGAGAAGCAGACCCUGGAGGAAGUAGCUUCUCUGCUUCACACUGUGCAGGAACAGAUCUCUGAGCAGAUAAGCUCCACAGUGAGUCCAAAGCAGUGGGAGGACGUCUCUGAGCUGAACAUGACCAAGGCGGAGCAGCAGAAGAGCAACUGUUUGACCCUGAAGGCCCUGGUGGAGUCGGUGCUGGUGCAGACGGCUGCUGACACGCAGGCGCAGUUCAAGGCGACGAGGGAAGCCCUGCAGCUCAACAUCCAGCAGGUCAAGACUGUCAAGAGCCAGCUGGAGGAGAAACUGCCCAAGACUCCUCCUCCAGCUCCGCUGGGGAGCGACCGAGGCGCUCAGGCCCUCAGAGAGACACAGUCCCUCCAUGGUGUCCUGGCCGUCUCCUGGGCCUCCUCCCAGUGGGACGUCCUGUCCAGGUUAUGA